GCCCGCCCAGCCUGCCUCACGUCCCCCGCCCGCCCCGGCCUGCCUCGCCCCAUCCCGCUUCCACCUCAGUCCGCCCCGUCCCUCGCCCGCCGCCCGCCCGCGCUGCUCCCGCCCCGGAGCGCCGCCCCGGCUGAGGCUCGCGCGUGCGUGCGUGCGUGCUUGCGCAGGUGAAGGCCCCGCCGGCGCUGACGUGGGAGGCGAACGCGCAGGACUUCUACACGGUGUGCAUGACGGACCCCGACGCGCCCAGCCGCGCCACCCCCACCAACCGCGAGUUCCUGCACUGGCUGGUGGGCAACGUGCCGGGCGGCGACGUGGCCAGGGGCGAGGUGCUGGCCGAGUACGUGGGCUCGGGCCCGCCGCUGGGGACCGGCCUGCACCGCUACGUGCUGCUGGUGCUGCCGGCGCUGCCCGGCGCGGCGCUCGACGUCUCCUUCGGCGACCUGGCGGUGGACUUCGGCACCGACGUCUCGCCCACCGACGCCCAGCGCGCGCCCGCCCUCGCCUGGGACGCCCAGGACGCCGUGCUCUACACCGUCGCCAUCACCAACCCCGACAUCCCCACCAUAGAGCAGCACAUCUACGGCGAGCUCGUGCACUGGCUGGUGGGGAACGUGGCAGGAAAUGACGUAAGCGCUGGUGAUCCAGUCUGGGAGUACUUGAGUCCCGGCCCACCCAAGGAGACAGGCACGCAUCGCUACGUGGUGUUGGUUCUCAAGCAACCCGGGAGGCUGACGUUCGAUGGCGAACCACGGAACAACGCUACCACCCUGGACGACCGCUUCCAUUUCUCUCUCCAAAAGUUCGCCGAGAAGCACGGGCUGGAAUUGCCGCCAGUAGCAGGUAACUUUUUCCAGUCCACGUGGGACCCUACUGUUGACAAACUGGCGCAAGUCCGCACAUUCAAAGGCCAGAUAGUUGCUACUUUAAAACCCUAAGGGUAAGAUCAAGAUAACUAGCGAAAUUACUCAAUUUGUAAGUCAAAUUAUAGAUUCAUAAUAAACAUUCUUGUACUCAGCAAUUAAA